AUGGAGGUAAAGGACGGUGCAGUUCUUGCUCACCGGGCAGAGACCUGUUUCCUCCAUCAAACCGGAGCUCAAACUGGAAACUCGGAAAUCAGGAAAUAUGUGCUUCGUGCGCUCAAUCUUGCUCCACCACAAGAGAAGUGCAAUUGGGGUUUUACUGAGCCGUCCAUCAAGCUAGAGGACCUAGCUCACGCCGCUCGUCACCUUUCUCGCAAGUACGAAGUCCCGAACUCGGUUUGGGGUGUAUUACUGGAGCCAUGGUCUAUUCCAAGCAGCACGUACCUCACUCUCCGCAUGCAAGCGGAACUAGCCUAUCAUCCCCGGUAUGACUUAUGCCAAAUUAGAGCCGUUGGUUUCUCUAUUGGAUGCACAAGAACGGAUAUGUCUCCCAACUCUCAGCAAUGA